AUGGGGGAUCCUGGAGGCUUCACCACCACAGGGGAGAGGGUGAACCCUGCCCACGUCAUGUUUGACCGCUUCGCCCAGGCCUCCACCUGUAAGGGCACGCUCAAGGCCUUCCAGGAGCUCUGUGACCAUCUGGAUCUCAAGCCCUGCGAGUACCGGGUCUUCUACCACAAGCUCAAGUCCAAGCUCAACUACUGGAAGGCCAAGGCGCUCUGGGCUAAGCUAGACAAGCGGGCCGGCCAGAAGGAGUAUAAGAAGGGACGAGCAUGUGCCAACUCUAAGGUACAGUAUGCAAUGAUGUGACUUUUUUUCUGUCUCAGAUCCUUGUUCAAAGUACCUCAGAGAGAAUUGUUCUGUAUAUAAUAGGGUUGGGCCGAUAUCCACAUUGUAAUAUUGUCUAUUUGCCCUUGUUGAAUAUUGUAAUAAAAAAUAUAUUAAUAAAUACUAAAUAAAUGAUAUAUACUUAUAAACUAUAUUUCGCGAUAAUCUAUAUAUCGCCAAUAUUCAAUCAUAUUUUUAUAUCAGCCAACUCUAGUAUAUGAGACAUUUUCCCCUUCCUCAGUGUCUGAUCAUCGGGGCGGGACCAUGUGGCCUGCGGACGGCUAUCGAGCUGGGCUUCCUGGGGGCCAAGGUGGUGCUGCUGGAGAAGAGAGAUGCCUUCUCCAGGAACAACGUGCUCCACCUGUGGCCCUUCACCAUCCAGGACCUCAGGGGCCUCGGGGCAAAGAAAUUCCACGGAAAGUUCUGCGCCGGAGCCAUCGACCAUAUCAGUGAGUGGAUAAGACUAUCCUACUUCCAUUUCCUACUCUCUGUCUUUUAGAAAAGGGUUUAAAUGAUUUCAUGUUUUACUGUGUACAGCAUUAUCAUAUAUUAGGAGAAGACUUCUGGUGCUUUCCAGGACUAUCGAUCAGCUGGAACAUUGCAGUCUUUUUGGUUGUUGAAGCUAAUAAAUGUUCUCCUCUAAUCUGUCUGACUCUCUGUGCAGGUAUCCGUCAACUCCAGCUGAUGCUGCUGAAGGUGGCCCUGCUCCUGGGCAUCGAGAUCCACGUCAACGUGGAGUUCAAGGGUCUCAUCGAGCCCCCCGAGGACCAGGAGAACGAGAGUAAGACCCGUGUAAAGUGACUGCUCUAUAGACCCCUGUCACAUGACUGCAUUAAGACCCCUGUCAUAUGACAUGACUGCUCUACAGCCAGACAUUAUGGGAACAAGGAAGGGCCAUAUGUUACUGUACUGUUACUGUAUGCCACAGUGCUAACAGAGAGCUCUCCCUCAUCCUCCAUGGUUGUCAGUGAAGGAAAAAGUCAAAUCAUAUGCUAAAUAAUACAACGUUACAUGUCUUGUCAUACUUAUUUUUCCCAUGGUGUGUUUUUGCAGGUAUAGGGUGGAGGGCUGAGGUCCAUCCCAGGACACACCCAGUCAACGAGUUGGAGUUUGAUGUCAUCAUCGGUGCAGACGGAAGAAGAAACACGCUGGCAGGUAAAAAGCAACACGUGGUUCAACAUGAGUCUCUCUCUCUCUCUUUCUUUCUUUCUUUCUUUCUUUCUUUCUUUCUUUCUUUCUUUCUUUCUUUCUUUCUUUCUUUCUUUCUUUCUGUCUUUCUUUCUUUCUUUCUUUCUUUCUUUCUUUCUUUCUUUCUUUCUUUCUUUCUUUCUUUCUUUCUUUCUUUCUUCCUGCCUCACUCUAUCCGUUUUCAGAGAGCACUCCUCCGUGGCCUCUCACUGGAGCGGAGCAGGAACCUGUUUCCUGUAUGAGCUAACAUCCCUCACAAGCAGCAUUAGGAGCCCUGUAGUGUGUGGACUGCUCUGACCCCUCUCCUCUGCUGCUGCUGGUGCCUGCUGAAACCACUUUAGAGAUUCACUCUAGAGGGGAGGGGGAAGCAGUUUCCCUCAGGGCUACGCAGUAGUCACUGCAUACAGUGUCCGUACUCAGCCCGCAAUCUUACAUGAGAUUAUUAAAAAGUAUUGCAGUUACAUUGAUAGUCAGUCAAUGACAGUGUGCAUCAAAGCCUAACAAGCACCACCUUUUUUCUCCCGUCUCUUUUACAAACAUGUGAGUAGUGUGUAAUACAAGGCAAUGUUCUCUUCAUUUCUGAACCUAACAAAGAAUGCUGACAUAUUCACUGUCUACAUAAUGACUCUGACCCCAGUCUAACGUUUACAUCCUGUCUCCAAACAGGGUUCAGGAGGAAGGAGUUCCGAGGCAAGUUGGCCAUCGCCAUCACUGCCAACUUUAUCAACAGGAACACCACGGCCGAGGCCAAGGUGGAGGAGAUCAGCGGAGUGGCCUUCAUCUUCAACCAGAAGUUCUUCCAGGACCUCCGGGAAGCCACGGGUCAGUCAUUUAUCCUUAGGGAGACCUAACAUGUAAUAACCCUCGUUAUAAGAUGUUAUAAAGGCUCAUAGGUGCUUAUAACAACUUAUAAACAUUGUAACUCUAGGCUUUAAGUAAAGUUGUAUAGAUUGUUAUAGAUUUAGAGCCUAUGGAUUAGGUGAUACACAAAAAAAAGUAAUAGCUGAUGAGCACAUACAGUGUCUUCAGAAAGUAUUCAUACCCCUUGACUUAUUCCACAUUUAGUGUUACAGACUGAAUUCAAAAUUGAUUAAAUAUAUUUUUUUUCUCACCCAUCUACACACAUGUUUUUAUAAAUGUUAGCUAAUUUAUUGAAAAUUAAUUACAGAUAUCUAAUUUAGAUAAGUAUUCACACCCCUGAGUCGAUACAUGUUAGAAUCACCUUUGGCAGCGAUUACAGCGUUGAGUCUUUCCGGGUAAGUCUCUAAGAGCUUUGCACACCUGGAUUGUACAAUAUUUGCCCAUUAUUAUUUUCGAAAUUCUUGCUAGACAACCAUUUUCAAGUCUUGCCAGCAGAUCAAGUCAAAACUAACUCGGAAUGACGGAACAUUCACUGUCUUCUUGGUAAGCAACUCCAGUGUACACUGAAUGUACAAAACAUUAAAGGACAUUUUCCAGCACCACCCCCAACAUCAACAUAUGUGAAAAUUGAGCAUUUCUAGAUAGAAGAUAUCUAAAAGAUAGAGAAAAGUGUUUCCAAUGACAUCAUCAAAAUCAAAUCACAUUUUUAUUUGUCACGUGCUGAAUACAAUAGGUAUAGACCUUACUGUGAAAUCAGUGUGCAUUGUGUGAUUUUUAACCAAUUAUGAGUAGGCAUUGCCUACUAAUUGUCUCCUAAUUGGUGGUUGAUGUCAUUGGAAACACUUAUCUUUACUACAAAACAUAGAAACGUGCCAUUUUCACAUAUGUUGAUGUUGGGGUGAUGCUGGAGAUGAUGAAUAUGAAGUUGAACAUUUUUGAAAUGUCCCUUUAAGAACACUUUCCUAAUAUUGAGUUGGACAAAGUUUUGAAAGCAUUCCACAGGGAUGCUGGCCCAUGUUGACUCAAUGCUUCCCACAGUUGUCAGAUUGGCUGGAUGUCCUUUGGGUGAUGGACCAUUCUUGAUACACAUGGGAAACUGUUGAGCGUGAAAAACCCAGCAGCGUUGCAGUUCUUGACACACUCAAACCGGUGCGCUUGGCACCUACUACCAUACCCCGUUCAAAGGCACUUCAAUAUUUUGUCUUGCCCAUUCACCCUCUGAAUGGCACACAUACACAAUCCAUGUCUCAAUUGUCUCAAGGCUUAAAAAUCAUUUUUUUACCUGUUUCCUCCCAUUAAUCUACACUGAUUUGAAGUGAAUUUAACAAGUGGCAUCAAUAAGUGUUCAUAGCUUUCACCUGAAUUCACCUGGUCAGUCUAUGUCAUGGAAAGAGCAUUCAUAAUGUUUUGUAUACUCAGUUUAUAUUUGGCCUUGUGUUAUAUUUUAAUGUCCUGCUGAAAGGUGAAUUCAUCUCCCAGUGUCUGGUGGAAAGCAGACUGAACCAUGUUUUCCUCUAGGAUUUUGCCUGUGCUUAGCUCCAUUCCGUUAAUUUUUUAUCCUGAAAAACUCCCCAUUCCUUAACGAUUACAAGAAUACCAACUAUACCACCACUAUGCUUGAAAAUAUGGGGAGUGGUACUCAGUAAUGUGUUGUAUUGGAUAUGCGCCAAACAUAACACUUUAUAUUUGCAGUAUUACUUUAGUGCCUUGUUGCAAACAGGAUGCAUUUUUUAUUCUCUACAGGCUACCUUCUUUUCACUUAGGUGAAAUUAGGUUAGUAUUGUGGAGUAACUACAAUGUUGUUGAGCAGUGUAUCACCUAGGAACUGACAGUUUUAUGCCGCCAUGCAUUUUCUAUCUGCAUGGUUUAUCUAUGGAUUAGAGAAAAGGUAAACAAACAAAGAGGUACUUCCUGGUUGGGAGCUGAAAUCUGUUCACAUUUCUCAAUUAAACAUUUUGAUCCCAUGCCAUGAGAGCUCGGCGCUGAGCUGGCACCGUCUAUAUGGGCCUUUAGUUUUGUCUCCUGGGUCGUGUAAUCGUCGAGGUUGUCCUCAUUCCCCUAACAAAGACAACCAGAGAGACUGUCAAUAGAGGAGCCAUAGGAGCAGCUAUAGCCAUAGAAAAAACAUUGGUUUACCAAAAGUAAAUAACAAAACUCUCUCUUUCUAUUGAUUCCGUAGGAGUUGACCUGGAAAACAUUGUCUACUACAAGGAUGACACGCACUACUUUGUCAUGACUGCCAAGAAACAGAGCCUGCUGGAGAAGGGAGUCAUUCUGCAUGUGAGUGAUCAAAGGGACGAUCGCAGAGGGGGAGUGAGACAUAUCUGGAGCUGUCUCUCUCGUACACACACAAACACACACACACACACACACACACACACACACACACACACAAACACACUUUAUCCCUCUGUGUGCCUGCUCCAUGCCUAAGGACCAAGCCAAAACUGUGCCAGGAACAAACCACCAGCUCAACCACAUUUAAUGAGUUUGUGUCCCACUCCCAACACAUCACUUCAGAACACUGCUGUUUCCUUUGACUAGACUGGGCACUUUCCACAGGAAAUCAGUCACAAGCUCUUAGGACAUUAGGACCUAUUUUAGAAGUUCAGCUUUCAUGUUCCAAUAAAAGUUGCCAGUGCUUUUCUAUCUCACUUUGAGAUUAAAGCCUUGUGGGGGAAAAAAAGUGUUUGGUAACGUUUUGCAAAUCCAAUCAAAAUCGUUCCGAAGGCAUUCGAGUAGUUGGGACGUGUUACCCUUUUGGUAAUUGGAUAGGAUUUUUAAAAUUACCACCGAAUGUGAGUUUUCAUCAGCAGUCAUAAUCAGGCCAAAACAUAACCAGACCCUGUAGGUCCUGUGCUGGGUCGUAGUCAUUAGCCACCAAAGUGAAGAAAAUGGACUGGGACAGGGAGGGUUUUAAUUUCAGUUGCAAAAGUUUUGCUACAAGUGUACACUAAUGAAUAUGACCCUGAUGAGUUGGGCCAGGCUGUUGGCUGAAGGAGGACGUGAGAGUGGACACACUGUGUCCUGUGUUUCAGACUUCAGUGUUUUCACGCCUGCCAAGUUUGCAUAAUCCCUAAUGAGGGGUGUGUGUUUGUUGCAAUGGGGGUGUGAGGGGACAGAGCCCUGCUGCUCACACUCUCCAGACAGGCCUCCCCUAGUUACCCCCAGGCCCCUAUACAGUCAUUUACUUAUACAGUAACAGACCAGUGUGUUUGAGUGAGCUAGGAGAGACUGACACAGGCAGGGCAUGCUGUACAGAAAGGGGUGGUGCAUAGACUAACUCUUCUUCAGGGUAUUUUUCCAUCCAAAAUCAAGACCCAUUACUGAGCUGAUUACAGUACUUGCACACCCAUAAACCUUUGGUGGGUUUUCUACAAGAUGACUUACUUCAAAGCAAGGUCCUUUUAUAGCAAUGGAAAUCACUCUCUAGUCCCUUUUUAAUGCUCCAUCCUGCCCCUGGGAAAGGGGAGGUUGGCAGACAGGCAGGCAGACAGACAGGCAGGCAGGCAGGGGAGUGCUGGGUCGAGUCCACACUGUUCCACCCAGCACCAUGAAUCAGAGAACAACACCCUUUCAGAUCCUCUGUCUGCUCCACCUUCACACCCAUCCAGCUCACCAGUCAGCCUGGCACUGCCGGCCCAGCCUAGCCAGGGAAAGUCAAGGGAAAAGAAUGUGCCUCUCACCGCCCUCUUCUAAAACACAGUCAUUUAAAGCGUGCCUUGAUUUGAUGCUACAUUCCGGAGACCUAUAGGAGCCUCGCUACAUACACACAGUACCAGAGAGUUAGGUAUAAUAGACUAUACAGUGCCUUGCAAAAGUAUUCAUCCCCCUUGGCGUUUUUCCUAUUUUGUUGCAUUACAGCCUGUAAUUUAAAUGGAUUUUUAUUUGGAUUUCAUGUAAUGGACAUACACAAAAUAGUCCAAAUUGGUGAAGUGAAAUAAAAAAAAUAACUUGUUUCAAAAAAUUCUAAAAAAUAAAUUACGGAAAAGUGGUGCGUGCAUAUGUAUUCACCCCCUUUGCUAUGAAGCCACUAAAUAAGAUCUGGUGCAACCAAUUACCUUCAGAAGUCACAUAAUUAGUUAGAUUGCACACAUUUAAUUAGUUAAAUGAAGUCCACCUGUGUGCAAUCUAAGUGUCACAUGAUCUGUCACAUGAUCUCAGUAUAUAUACACCUGUUCUGAAAGGCCCCAAAGUCUGCAACACCACUAAGCAAGGGGCACCACCAAGCAUGCGGCACCAUGAAGACCAAGGAGCUCUCCAAACAGGUCAGGGACAAUGUUGUGGAGAAGUACAGAUCAGGGUUGGGUUAUAAAAAAAUAUCCGAAACUUUGAACAUCCCAUGGAGCACCAUUAAAUUAUUUUAAAAAAUUGAAAGAAAUGGCACCACAACAAACCUGCCAAGAGAGGGCCACCAACCAAAACUGACAGACCAGGCAAGGAGGGCAGUAAUCAGAGAGUCUACAAAGAGACCAAAUAUAACCCUGAAGGAGCUGCAAAGCUCCACAGCGGAGAUUGGAGUAUUUGUCCAUAGACAACAUUAAGCCGUACACUCCACAGAGCUGGGCUUUACGGAAGAGUGGCCAGAAAAAAGCAAUUGCUUAAAGAAAAAAAUAAGCAAACACGUUUGGUGUUCGCCAAAAGGCAUGUGGGAGACUCCCCAAACAUAUGGAAGAAUGUACUCUGGUCAGAUGAGACUAAAAUUGAGCUUUUUGGCCAUCAAGGAAAACGCUAUGUCUGGCACAAACCCAACACCUCUCUUCACCCAGAGAACACCAUCCCCACAGUGAAGCAUGGUGGUGGCAGCAUCAUGCUGUGGGGAUGUUUUUCAUCAGCAGGGACUGGGAAACUGGUCAGAAUUGAAGGAAUGAUGGAUGGCGCUAAAUACAGGGAAAGUCUUGAGGGAAACCUGUUUCAGUCUUCCAGAGAUUUGAGACUGGGACGGAGGUUCACCUUCCAGCAGGACAAUGACCCUAAGCAUACUGCUAAAGCAACACUUGAGUGGUUUAAGGGAACACAUUUAAAUGUCUUGGAAUGGCCUAGUCAAAGCCCAGACCUCAAUCCAAUUGAGAAUAAGUGGUAUGACUUAAAGAUUGCUGUACACCAGCAGAACCCAUCCAACUUGAAGGAGCUGGAGAAGUUUCGCCUUGAAGAAUGGGGGGGGGGGGGAUUGAUUAGUUAUGCACGCACAAGUUUUCUGUUUUUUUGUCAUAUUUCUUGUUUGUUUGGCAAGAAAAAAUAUUUUGCAUCUUCAAAGUGGUAGGCAUGUUGUGUAAAUCAAAUGAUGCAAACCCAAAAAAAAUCCAUUUUAAUUCCAGGUUGAAGGCAACAAAAUAGGAAAAAUGCCAAGGGGGGUGAAUACUUUCGCAAGCCACUGUAGUGGUGUUUAGAUUGUUAUAGUAGGAAUGGAAGACAUUUAAAUGGACCUAUAUUUAUUAAAUUCAAUAUUACUUCAGAAUGACAUUGGCUUGAUUUGGAAUGAAAGUACUGCUUUGGUGGUGCAGGCUAACCUCUGUGUAAAAUAUAUCCUUUUCCAAAUACAACUUCAUCGAUGUCAUGCCCCAUUCUCUGUGCAUGACAGGCCAUGUUCCAUCUCUUAUGUGUCUCUUAGUCCUCCAGUCAUCUGAGCCAUCUAACCUCUUCAUGUCUCUCCUGGUUUCCUCCAGGAUUAUGCAGACACAGAGAUGCUGCUGUCCAGGGCUAACGUGGACCAGGAGGCCCUUCUCUCCUAUGCCCGCGAGGCCGCAGACUUCUCCACUAACCACCAGCUGCCCACUCUGGACUUUGCCAUCAACCACUACGGACAGCCCGACGUGGCCAUGUUCGACUUCACCUGCAUGUACGCCUCAGAGAAUGCAGCGCUAGUGCGCCAACGCAACGGACGGCAGCUACUGGUGUCUCUGGUGGGGGACAGUCUACUGGAGGUGAGGGGGGCUACUGGGCCGAGGGUGUUUCAGUCUUACUUAGAAGAUAUACUCUGUCAGUCACUCUGGAUAAGGUAGUGUCUGACUGUCUCGUGUAUAGAAAUUAAAAAGGGAGUGAAUAUCAGCGUGAGCAAGAGUGUGGGAGAAAUUACAGUGAAUUGAGAGAGCGAUUCAAGUAUCAAGGAUGACAGAUGUGGAUUGACGUUUGCUUGCUUGAAACAGACAAUUUUACUUAAAAAAAAUUUGUAUAUAUUAAAAAAGGUGUAUUUUUUUAAAUAAAUUUCAUUAUUCUCUGUAUGCUUACUUGGAAUUCACCAUGUUACUGUAUUUGUCUGUUUCUACAGCCCUUCUGGCCCAUGGGCACUGGUAUAGCCCGGGGUUUCCUGGCAGCCAUGGACUCAGGCUGGAUGGUGAAGAGCUGGGCCCAGGGAAACAGCCCUCUGGACGUGCUGGCUGAAAGGUGAGGGAGCAGACGCGUCAUAACACACACAUUAUACUCGCACGUCAUACUUGCACGCACACACCCUCGACACACUGUUAUCUCUGCGUGCUUUAUCUCUGAGUGCUCCAGUGUCAGCCCCAGCCCCUACUUUAGUACUGUAGUUGGAAUGGAAUAAGAGCCUCUGGAGCUCUGAAUGGAAUGUGUUGAGUCCUCUGUUCUCCUGCCUUCUAUAAUUAAGUAACCAUGGUUUCCUCUUUUUUAGGGAGAGCAUAUAUCGCCUGCUGCCUCAGACAACGCCAGAGAACAUCAGUAAAAAUGUCAGUCACUACAGUGUGGAUCCCACCACGCGCUACCCUAACAUCAGCCUCCACUUCCUCAGGCCCAACCAGGUAGUGUAUACUCUGAGAUCAUAUGACUGUAUGAUUGUAGCAUGAUGAACUACAGUACCCAUAAUGCUCUGUGUAUGAUAUCCAGUUUGAGUAGGGCAAGGACUUUGUCCUUACUACCUAACCAUCUUGUGAAUGAAAACCCAGUGUCUGCUUAACUAAAGACACACACACACACACAGACACACACACACGAUACGAUACGAUAUACUUCAUUGUCCAUUUCAUUUUGUGACGUCAGCAUUCAAAUACACAAACACAACACAAAAUAUUACAUGCAGUACGAAAAACUGGGAAGUUAGUAUACAAGUCACACAUUUACAUUUUCACAUAUUCAAAGUCUCUGCGGCCUACAGUCUGACCGUGUGUUUGGCCUGCAUCUGUCCUAUGUCCCACUGUUCAGCAGCCUGAUGGCUGAUGGAAGGAAACUUGCCUUGUUCCUAUUCUUACUGUACAGCGGGACCGUUAAUCUCCUUCCGGAGGGCAGCAGCUCAAAACAUAACUAAGAACCAGAGUUUUUUUCCCCAGUCCAGAUGCAUGGUCAUGAAAAACUCCUAUCAGUAGCUAUGACCUAUGGAAGAUGUCCUAUGUGAAAUCCCACCCCACUCUGUUGUUGUCAGGUACGACACCUCAUUGACACAGGGGAUUCAAGCAGUGAAAUGCGUAUCGAAAUGGAGAAUGUAGUCAACUCGUCAACACCCAAGCUCACCAGAAAUGGUGAGUAGUGUUUAGAAUAAGCUAUACGAUUUUUCAUAGCGUUGUCUAUUCAUACCAAGUUCAUAUUAUUUAAUUGUCAUUCAUGUCUGUUUUUCAAUGUCUCUUGUUUUUGGGACCUGGUUGUUAUUACGAUCACCGAAAUGUAACAAUGAAUUGCUUUCAUCCUAGACCAUUACCUGCUUGAGAAGCAUUUCCAAGGUAAUAUCAUUAAUGACUGAGGUCCAAAUGCAUGACCAUCUGAGGAUUCCUUCAUUAUAGUCCUUAACAGUAGAAACAAGCAACUGCCAUGACUCCAUGUGACUUGGUGGAUGUAGAUGGAUGGACUGAUUUUAUUUUAUUUAUUUUGUGUUCACUAACCUGGUCAUUAACGGGAUGGUGAAAUAUCACUUUCUUUGUCCGAAAAGUUAAAAAGGUCACUUCACUUAAAUUGACAAUGGGACUAACAUGGAUGGCAAAUCAAAAUCAAAGUUUAUUGGUUGCGUACACAUAUUUGCAGAUGUUAUCGCAGGUGCAGCGAAAUGCUUGUGUUUCUAGCUGCAACAGUGCAGUAAUACCUAGCAAUAAUACAAAUUAAAAUACACACAUAAUCCAGAAAAAUUAAGAAAUUAAGAAAUAUCAGAAUGAGCAAUGUGUCACGCUCUGGCUCCAGGACUCUGUAUGUUGAGCCAGGGUGUGUUCGUUUCUUUGUGUUCUGUUUCUUGGUUGGGUUGUUCUAGGUUGUUGUAUUUCUUUGUUUGAGUGACUCCCAAUCAGAGGUAACGAGUGUCAGCUGUUGGCUCGUUGUCUCUGAUUGGGAGCCAUAUUUAAACUGUCUGUUUUCACCUUGUGUUUGUGGGUUUUUGUUCCUAGUCAGUCAUUGUCACUGUGGACUUCACGAAUCGUUAUUUGUUUUGUUGUUUCGUGUUUCGCUUUAAUUAAAUAAAGCAUCAUGUUCGUGCAACACGCUGCGCUUUGGUCCGCUUCCUGUAACGACGAUCGUGACACAAUGUUAGAGACUGGAAUAUAAAUAUAUAUAUAUAUAUAUAUAUAUAUAUACAUAUAAUUUAUAUAAAUAUAUACGGUGUGUAUAUAUAUAUAUACAGUGGGGAAAAAAAGUAUUUAGUCAACCACCAAUUGUGCAACUUCUCCCACUUAAAAAGAUGAGAGAGGCCUGUAAUUUUUAUCAUAGGUACACGUCAACUAUGACAGACAAAAUGAGAAAAAAAUAUCAGGAAAAUCACAUUGUAGGAUUUUUUAUGAAUUUAUUUGCAAAUUAUGGUGGAAAAUAAGUAUUUGGUCAAUAACAAAAGUUUCUCAAUACUUUGUUAUAUACCCUUUGUUGGCAAUGACACAGGUCAAAAGUCUUCACAAGGUUUUCACACACUGUUGCUGGUAUUUUGGCCCAUUCCUCCAUGCAGAUCUCCUCUAGAGCAGUGAUGUUUUGGGGCUGUCGCUGGGCAACACGGACUUUCAACUCCCUCCAAAGAUUUUCUAUGGGGUUGAGAUCUGGAGACUGGCUAGGCCACUCCAGGACCUUGAAAUGCUUCUUACGAAGCCACUCCUUCGUUGCCCGGGCGGUGUGUUUGGGAUCAUUGUCAUGCUGAAAGACCCAGCCACGUUUCAUCUUCAAUGCCCUUGCUGAUGGAAGGAGGUUUUCACUCAAAAUCUCACGAUACAUGGCCCCAUUCAUUCUUUCCUUUACACGGAUCAGUCGUCCUGGUCCCUUUGCAGAAAAACAGCCCCAAAACAUGAUGUUUCCACCCCCAUGCUUCACAGUAGGUAUGGUGUUCUUUGGAUGCAACUCAGCAUUCUUUGUCCUCCAAACACGACGAGUUGAGUUUUUACCAUCUGACCAUAUGACAUUCUCCCAAUCCUCUUCUGGAUCAUCCAAAUGCACUCUAGCAAACUACAGACGGGCCGGGCAUGUACUGGCUUAAGCAGGGGGACAUGUCUGGCACUGCAGGAUUUGAGUCCCUGGCGGCGUAGUGUGUUACUGAUGGUAGGCUUUGUUACUUUGGUCCCAGCUCUCUGCAGGUCAUUCACUAGGUCCCCCCGUGUGGUUCUGGGAUUUUUGCUCACCGUUCUUGUGAUCAUUUUGACCCCACGGGGUGAGAUCUUGCGUGGAGCCCCAGAUCGAGGGAGAUUAUCAGUGGUCUUGUAUGUCUUCCAUUUCCUAAGAAUUGCUCCCACAGUUGAUUGCUUCAAACCAAGCUGCUUACCUAUUGCAGAAUCAGUCUUCCCAGCCUGGUGCAGGUCUACAAUUUUGUUUCUGGUGUCCUUUGACAGCUCUUUGGUCUUGGCCAUAGUGGAGUUUGGAGUGUGACUGUUUGAGGUUGUGGACAGGUGUCUUUUAUACUGAUAACAAGUUCAAACAGGUGCCAUUAAUACAGGUAACGAGUGGAGGACAGAGGAGCCUCUUAAAGAAGAAGUUACAGGUCUGUGAGAGCCAGAAAUCUUGCUUGUUUGUAGGUGACCAAAUACUUUUUUUCCACCAUAAUUUGCAAAUAAAUUCAUAAAAAAUCCUACAAUGUGAUUUUCUGGAUUUUCUUUUCUCAAUUUGUCUGUCAUAGUUGACGUGUACCUAUGAUGAAAAUUACAGGCCUCUCUCAUCUUUUUAAGUGGGAGAACUUGCACAAUUGGUGGCUGACUAAAUACUUUUUUUCCCCACUGUAUAUAUAUAUGUGUGUGUGUGUGUGUGUGUGUGUGUGUGUAUAUAUAUAUAUAUAUAUAUAUAUAUAUAUAUAUAUAUAUAUAUAUAUAUAUAUAUAUACAGUUGAAACUCGUUUUUCAACCACUCCACAAAUUUCUUGUUAACAAACUAUAGUUUUGGCAAGUCGGUUAGGACAUCUACUUUGUGCAUGACACAAGUAAUUUUUCCAACAAUUGUUUACAGACAGAUAAUUUCACUUAUAAUUCACUGUAUCACAAUUCCAGUGUGUCAGAAGUUUACAUACACUAAGUUGACUGUGCCUUUAAACAGCUUGGAAAAUUCCAGAAAAUGAUGUCAUGGCUUUAGAAGCUUCUGAUAGGCUAAUUGACAUAAUUUGAGUCAAUUGGAGGUGUACCGGUGGAUGUAUUUCAAGGCCUACCUUCAAACUCAGUGCCGCUUUGCUUGACAUCAUGGGAAAAUCGAAAGAAAUCAAGACCUCAGAAAAAAAUGGUAGACAUCCACAAGUCUGGUUCAUCCUUGGGAGCAAUUUCCAAACGCCUGAAGGUACCACGUUUAUCUGUACAAACAAUAGUAUGCAAGUAUAAACACCAUGGGACCACGCAGCCGUCAUACCGCUCAGGAAAGAGACGUGUUCUGUCUCCUAGAGAUGAACAUACUUUGGUGUGAAAAGUGCAAAUCAAUCCCAGAACAACAGCAAAGGACCUUGUGAAGAUGCUGGAGGAAACAGGUACAAAAUUAUCUAUAUCCACAGUAAAAUGAGUCCUAUAUCGACAUAACCUGAAAGGCCGCUCAGCAAGGAAGAAGCCACUGCUCCAAAACCCCCAUUAAAAAAAGCCAGACUACAGUUUGCAACUGCACAUGGGGACAAAGAUCGUACUUUUUGGAGAAAUGUCCUCUGGUCUGAUGAAACAAAAAUAGAACUGUUUGGCCAUAAUGACCAUUGUUAUGUUUGGAGGAAAAAGGGGGAUGCUUGCAAGCCGAAGAACACCAUCCCAACCGUGAAACACAGAGGUGGCAGCAUCAUGCUGUGGGGGUGCUUUGCUGCAGGAGGGACUGGUGCACUUCCCAAAAUAGAUGGCAUCAUGAGGAAGGAAAAUUAUGUGGAUAUAUUGAAGCAACAUCUCAAGACAUCAGUCAGGAAGUUAAAGCUUGGUCGCAAAUGGGUCUUCCAAAUGGAUUUGACCCCAAGCAUACUUCCAAAGUUGUGGCAAAAUGGCUUAAGGACAACAAAGUCAAGGUAUUGGAGUGGCCAUCACAAAGCCUUGACCUCAAUCCUAUAGAAAAUGUAUGGGCAGAACUGAAAAAGCGUUUGCGAGCAAGGAGGCCUACAAACCUGACUCAGUUACACCAGCUCUGUCAGGAGGAAUGGGCCAAAAUUCACCCAACUUAUUGUGGGAAGCUUGUGGAAGGCUACCCGAAACGUUUGACCAAAGUUAAACAAUUUAAAGGCAAUGCUACCAAAUACUAAUUGAGUGUAUGUAAACUUCUGACCCACUGGGAAUGUGAUGAAAGAAAUAAAAGCUGAAAUAAAUCAUUCUCUCUACUAUUAUUCUGACAUUUCACAUUCUUAAAAUAGAGUGGUGAUCCUAACUGACAUAAGACAGGGAAUUUUUACUAGGAUUAAAUGUCAGGAAAUGUUAAAAACUGAGUUUAAAUGUAUUUGGCUAAGGUGUAUGUAAACUUCCGUAUGUGUAUAUAUAUAUAUAUAAUGGUGUGUAAAGACAGUAUAUGAAUAGAAAAGGUGUGUACAGCAGUAGUUACAGUGAGGGGAAAAAAGUAUUUGAUCCCCUGCUGAUUUUGUACGUUUGCCCACUGACAAAGACAUGAUCAGUCUAUAAUUUUAAUGGUAGGUUUAUUUGAACAGUGAGAGACAGAAUAACAGCCAAAAAAUCCAGAAAAACGGAUGUCAAAAAUGUUAUAAAUUGAUUUGCAGUUAAUGAGGGAAAUAACUAUUUGACCCCUCUGCAAAACAUGACUUAGUACUUGGUGGCAAAACCCUUGUUGGCAAUUACAGAGGUCAGACGUUUCUUGUAGUUGGCCACCAGGUUUGCACACAUCUCAGGAGGGAUUUUGUCCCACUCCUCUUUGCAGAUCUUCUCCAAGUCAUUAAGGUUUCGAGGCUGACGUUUGGAAACUCGAACCUUCAGCUCCCUCCACAGAUUUUCUAUGGGAUUAAGGUCUGGAGACUUGCUAGGCCACUCCAGGACCUUAAUGUGCCUCUUCUUGAGCCACUCCUUUGUUGCCUUGGCCGUGUGUUUUGGGUCAUUGUCAUGCUGGAAUACCCAUCCACGACCCAUUUUCAAUGCCCUGGCUGAGGGAAGGAGGUUCUCACCCAAGAUUUGACGCUACAUGGCCCCGUCCAUCGUCCCUUUGAUGCGGUGAAGUUGUCCUGUCCCCUUAGCAGAAAAACACCCCCAAAGCAUAAUGUUUCCACCUCCAUGUUUGAUGGUGGGGAUGGUGUUCUUGGGGUCAUAGGCAGCAUUCCUCCUCCUCCAAACACGGCGAGUUGAGUUGAUGCCAAAGAGCUCGAUUUUGGUCUCAUCUGACCACAACACUUUCACCCAGUUCUCAUCUGAAUCAUUCAGAUGUUCAUUGGCAAACUUCAGACGGGCCUGUAUAUGUGCUUUCUUGAGCAGGGGGACCUUGCGGGCGCUGCAGGAUUUCAGUCCUUCACGGCGUAGUGUGUUACCAAUUGUUUUCUUGGUGACUAUGGUCCCAGCUGCCUUGAGAUCCUCCCGUGUAGUUCUGGGCUGAUUCCUCACCGUUCUCUUGAUCAUUGCAACUCCACAAGGUGAGAUCUUGCAUGGAGCCCCAGGCCGAGGGAGACAGUUCUUCUGUGUUUCUUCCAUUUGCGAAUAAUCGCACCAACUGUUGUCACCUUCUCACCAAGCUGCUUGGCGAUGGUCUUGUAGCCCAUUCCAGCCUUGUGUAGGUCUACAAUCUUGUCCCUGACAUCCUUGGAGAGCUCUUUGGUCUUGACCAUGGUGGAGAGUUUGGAAUCUGAUUGAUUGAUUGCUUCUGUGGACAGGUGUCUUUUAUACAGGUAACAAGCUGAGAUUAGGAGCAAAAUUCAUAAUGUCAUUUAGAGCAUUUAUUUGCAGAAAAUGAUAACUGGUCAAAAUAACUAAGAUGCAGUGUUGUCAGACCUCGAAUAAAGCAAAGAAAAUAAGUUCAUGUUCAUUUUUAAACAACACAAUAGUAAUGUUUUAAUUUAGGAAGAGUUCAGAAUAACCCUGAUUUUUCAAUCACAGCUUUUAUGCGUCUUGGCAUGCUCUCCACCAGUCUUUCACAUUGAUGUUGGGUGACAUUAUGCCACUCCUGGCGCAGACAUUCAAGCAGCUCGACUUUGUUUGAUGGCUUGUGACCAUCCAUAUUCCUGUUGAUCACAUUCCAGAAGUUUUCAAUUGGGUUCAGGUCUGUAGAUUGGGCUGGCCAAGACAGGGUCUUGAUCUGGUGGUCCUCCAUCCACACCUUGAUUGACCUGGCUGUUUGGCAUGGCACAUUGUCCUGCUGGAAAAACCAAUCCUCAGAGUUGGGGAACAAUGUCAGAGCAAAAGGAAGCAAGUUUUCUUCCAGGACAACCUUGUACGUGGCUUGAUUAAUGCGUCCUUCACAAAGACAAAUCUGCCCGAUUCCAGCCUUGCUGAAGCACCCCCAGAUCAUCACCGAUCCUCCACCAAAUUUCACAGUGGGUGCGAGACACUGUGGCUUGUAGGCCUCUCCAGGUCUCCGUCUAACCAUUAGAUGACCAGGUGUUGGGCAAAGCUGAAAAUUGGACUCAUCAGAGAAGAUGACCUUACUCCAGUCCUCUACGGUUCAAUCCUUAUGGUCUUUUGCAAACCUCAGCCUGGCUCUUCUUUGCUUCUCAUUGAUGAAGGGCUUUUUUAUAGCUUUGCACGACUUCAGCCCUGCCCCUAGGAGCCUGUUUCGAACUGUCCUCGCCGGGCACUUCACCCCAGCUGCCGUUUGCCAUUCUUUUUUUUUAGGUCACUUGAUGUCAUCCUACGGUUGUUGAGUGACAUUCGAAUGAGUUGGCGGUCAUCCCGGUCAGUAGAAAGUCGUUUUCGCCCUCUGCCGGUCUGUAGCUUUGUUGUCUCCAAUGUUUGCUGCUUGACCUUGUUCUUAUGAACCGUCGUCUUUGACAUUUUAAGGAUGGAAGCAACCUGACGCUCACUGUAUCCCUCUGCCAGUAAAGCCAGAAUUGAACCCUUCUUUUCCUCACUCAAACCUUUCCUUUUCAACUCUUUUGGCAUGGUCAAUAGUUAUUUUUUGAUUAAUAUUACUUUUGAGGGACUAUUAGCACUGUUUUUGCCAUCCAGCUGGUCCUAUUGCAACAGGAUAGUGAUGAUCACAGCAGUGGUUUUUAUACUUUUCCUCGCUAAAUAAGAUUUGGUUCAUGUGAUCACCUAAUCAGUACCUAAUUAAGUAGAAUGAGGUGUGCCUGUGUUGGAAUUCAACAGACAUUGGAAUGGAAUGGCUGUCAUACAUGUAGAUAUGCUGAUUUAAGAAAAAAUUGCAGUGGUCUCUUAAUUUUUUCCACAGCUGUACAUAUAAAGUGGGUAAAACAGUAUGUAAACAUUAUUGAACUGACCAGUGUUCAAUGACUGUAUGAACACUCCAAAGAGCAAAACUUCUGACUGUUUGGUCUAAAACACCCUCAGCCCUGGUCCAAAAAAUGUAAUAAUCCACUACUCACUGACUGUGCUUUUCCUUUCCCAGAGUCCAUCGCUCGCUCCAGCAAGCUGCUGAACUGGUGUCAGAGACAGACGGAGGGUUACAGGAAAGUCAGUGUGAUCGACCUCACCAUGUCCUGGAAGAGUGGCAUGGCCCUGUGUGCCCUCAUCCACCGUUACAGACCUGACCUCAUGUGAGUCAUAUAUACAGUGUAUAUAUGUGUGUGUGUGUGUGUAUAUAUAUAUAUAUAUGCAUGUGUGUGUGUAUAUAAACACCAGUCUCAACGUCAACAGUGAAGAGGCGACUCCGGGAUGCUGAACUUCUAGGCAGAGUUGCAAAGAAAAAGCCAUAUCUCAGACUGGCCAAUAAAAAGAAAAGAUGGGCAGUCUGAGAUAUGGCUUUUUCUUUGCAACUCUGCCUAGAAGGUCAGCAUCCCGGAGUCGCCUCUUCACUGUUGACGUUGAGACUGGUGUUUUGCGGGUACUAUUUAAUGAAGCUGCCAGUUGAGGACCUGUGAGGCGUCUGUUUCUCAAACUAGACACUCUAAUGUAUUUGGCCUCUUGCUCAGUUGUGCACCCACUCCUCUUUCUAUUCUGGUUAGAGCCUGUUUGCGCUGUUCUGUGAAGGGAGUAGUACACAGCGUUGUACGAGAUCUUCAGUUUCUUCACAAUUUCUCGCAUGGAAUAGCCUUCAUUUCUCAGAACAAGAAUAGACUGCAGAGUUUCAGAAGAAAGUUAUUUGUUUCUGGCCAUUUUGAGCCUGUAAUUGAACCCACAAUUGCUGAUGCUCCAGAUUCUCAACUAGUCUCAAGAAAGCCAGUUUUAUUACUUCUUUAAUCAGCACAACAGUUUUCAGCUGUGCUAACAUAAUUGCAAAAGUGUUUUCUAAUGAUCAAUUAGCCUUUUUAAAAUGAUAAACUUGGAUUAGCAAACACAACGUGCCAUUGGAAAACAGGACUGAUGGUUGCUGAUAAUGGGCCUCUGUACGCCUAUGUAGAUAUUCCAUAAAAAAUCAGCCGUUUCCAGCUACGAUAGCAUUUACAACAUUAACAAUGUCUACACUUUAUUUCUGAUCAAUUUGAUGUUAUUUUAAUGGACCAAAAAAUUGCUUUUCUUUCGAAAACAAGGACAUUUCUAAGUGACCCCAAACUUUUGAACAGUAGUGUAUAUAUGAACAGAACAAAAAUAUAAAUGCAACAUGUAUGUAAAGUGUUGGUCCCGUGUUUCAUGAGCUGAAAUAAAUAUAAUUUUUCUCCUUUGCCAAGAUAAUCCAUCCACCUGACAGGUGUGGCAUAUCAAUAAGCUGAUUAAACAGCAUGAUCAUUACACAGGUGCACCUUGUGCUGGGGACAAUGAAAGGGGGGGCGGUGCUGAAGAGUAUUUCUGUCUGUAAUAAAGCGCUUUUGUGGGGAAAAACUCAUUCUGAUUGGCAGGGGCUGGCUCCCCAGUGAGUGGGCCUGGCUGCCAAGUUGGUGGGCCUAUGCCCUCCAAGGCCUACCAAUGGCUGCACCCCUGCUCAGUCAUGUGAAAUCCAUAGAUUAGGGCCUAAUUUAUUUAUUUCAAUUGACUGAUUUCCUUAUAUGAACUGUAACUCAGUAAAAUCUCUGAAAUUGUUGCAUGUUGCGUUUAUAUUUUUGUUCAGUAUAUAUCUGUAUUUCUCCUGUAGAAAUGCUUACAGGUGAGGUUUACUGUCAUAAGCGACUUUGGGUUCUUGAAAAGUGCUAUAUACAGUGGGGGAAAAAAGUAUUUAGUCAGCCACCAAUUGUGCAAGUUCUCCCACUUAAAAAGAUGAGAGAGGCCUGUAAUUUUCAUCAUAGGUACACGUCAAAUAUGACAGACAAAAUGAGAAAAAAAAUUCCAGAAAAUCACAUUGUAGGAUUUUUUAUGAAUUUAUUUGCAAAUUAUGGUGGAAAAUAAGUAUUUGGUCAAUAACAAAAGUUUCUCAAUACUUUGUUAUAUACCCUUUGUUGGCAAUAACACAGGUCAAACGUUUUCUGUAAGUCUUCACAAGGUUUUCACACACUGUUGCUGGUAUUUUGGCCCAUUCCUCCAUGCAGAUCUCCUCUAGAUUAGUGAUGUUUUGGGGCUGUCGCUGGGCAACACGGACUUUCAACUCCCUCCAAAGAUUUUCUAUGGGGUUGAGAUCUGGAGACUGGCUAGGCCACUCCAGGACCUUGAAAUGCUUCUUACGAAGCUACUCCUUCGUUGCCCGGGCGGUGUGUUUGGGAUCAUUGUCAUGCUGAAAGACCCAGCCACGUUUCAUCUUCAAUGCCCUUGCUGAUGGAAGGAGGUUUUCACUCAAAAUCUCACGAUACAUGGCCCCAUUCAUUCUUUCCUUUACACGGAUCAGUCGUCCUGGUCCCUUUGCAGAAAAACAGCCCCAAAGCAUGAUGUUUCCACCCCCAUGCUUCACAGUAGGUAUGGGGUUCUUUGGAUGCAACUCAGCAUUCUUUGUCCUCCAAACACGACGAGUUGAGUUUUUACCAAAAAGUUAUAUUUUGGUUUCAUCUGACCAUAUGACAUUCUCCCAAUCCUCUUCUGGAUCAUCCAAAUGCACUCUAGCAAACUUCAGACGGGCCUGGACAUGUACUAGCUUAAGCAGGGUGACACGUCUGGCACUGCAGGAUUUGAGUCCCUGGCGGCGUAGUGUGUUACUGAUGGUAGGCUUUGUUACUUUGGUCCCAGCUCUCUGCAGGUCAUUCACUAGGUCCCCCCGUGUGGUUCUGGGAUAUUUGCUCACCGUUCUUGUGAUCAUUUUGACCCCACGGGGUGAGACCUUGCGUGGAGACCCAGAUCGAGGGAGAUUAUCAGUGGUCUUGUAUGUCUUCCAUUUCCUAAUAAUUGCUCCCACCGUUGAUUUCUUCAAACCAAGCUGCUUACCUAUUGCAGAUUCAGUCUUCCCAGCCUGGUGCAGGUCUACAAUUUUGUUUCUGGUGUCCUUUGACAGCUCUUUGGUCUUGGCCAUAGUGGAGUUUGGAGUGUGACUGUUUGAGGUUGUGUACGGGUGUCUUUUAUACUGAUAACAAGUUCAAACAGGUGCCAUUAAUACAGGUAACGAGUGGAGGACAGAGGAGCCUCUUAAAGAAGAAGUUACAGGUCUGUGAGAGCCAGAAAUCUUGCUUGUUUGUAGGUGACCAAAUACUUUUUUUCCACCAUAAUUUGCAAAUAAAUUCAUUACAAAUCCUACAAUGUGAUUUUCUGGAUUUUUAUUCCUCAUUUUGUCUGUCAUAGUUGACGUGUAUCUAUGAUGAAAAUUACAGGCCUCUCUCAUCUUUUUAAGUGGGAGAACUUGCACAAUUGGUGGCUGACUAAAUACUUUUUUUCCCCACUGUAAGUCCCUUUAAAAAAAGUAUUAUUAUUAUUAUAAGCAUAGGAAUAAAGUAGGACCUGCACACAUGAUUGCUCCAUCACAAAAUUAGGCUAGUAAAUAUUAAUUAGGCUAGUAAAUAUUCAUCAGGCUAGUCAAUAUGCACACGGUUUUGAUCUUUGUCAGGUCCUUACACACACACAGCAGAGACAGACACAUUGCCUAACGAAGGGAGAGAUUGGGUCGUUACCCUCUGCUGGCUACACAGCGAUUAGCAUUAUAACCCUGACUGACCUUUACCAAAUAGUUCUGUUCUGCCCUGCUGCCUUUCAUAGUCCAGAUGAUUGCAUCAGGGGUGUGUGAAAAGGCUGCAUUGAUGGGAAAUAUGCACUAAGUGCAGGGCACAGACAGCACUAAUUAGUUCACUGACUUCCCGCACUGCUAACAGUAUGGUGCUAAUGCACUAACACUAACCAUUCAAGGAAAGGGGGUGGUGUGCUAACGUCAACCUUUGCAUCCACUGCAUUAGAACCUGCUUAGUGUGCUUGUCAUGUUUGUGAUGUUAACAUUCACAGUGCUACUGGUUGUUUUGACUGUCAUUUUGACUCCCAGCCAUUCUGUCCCUCUCUGCCCCAAAGUGACUUUGACUCCCUGGACGAACAAGACCAACAGAAGAACAACCAGUUGGGCUUCGACGUGGCCGAGCGGGAGUUUGGCAUCUCGCCCUGCAUGACGGGCAAGGAGAUGUCCCAGGUGUCAGAGCCCGACAAGCUCUCCAUGGUCAUGUACCUCAGCCAGUUCUACGAGAUGUUCAAGGACACAGUCCCCCCUGGGGCCGGAGGUGAGUACUGCUCACCUUUGGUUGGUUUCAUAAAUAUCAUUUUUAUUCGGGGGGGGGGGGGGGGGGGGGGGGGUAGUGGUGAAGAUUGAUUGAAAUGUUAUACACACUGAGUAAUUGGUUAUAUACAUUAUGCACCAAACAGACCAGAAACAGGGAGGGACUACCUGAACUCGUCCAAUGGGAAAUGCUUGUAAUUUUUCAUUGCAAAACCUUAAUGGAUACAACCCUGGUUUAACGCCUUACAUUUUCUAUAUUUUCUAUUUCCAGAUAACCAAAACAUGAGCCCUGAGGAGAAGGCUGCGUUAAUCAACAGCACCAAGUCUCCCAUCUCCUUCCUUAGCAAGCUGGGCCAGAGCAUCGCCAUAUCCCGCAAACGCAACCCCAAGGUCAGGACCUCCAAUACAUCAUUGUUAGCUCAGCAGUCCCAUUCCCUUUCGCACUGUGUUUUACUGUGUUACAACUGUGUUUAACGUCAUGUUAUAAUGCUACUGUAUGAGUCAAUAGCUGUCUGCCCGAAAAAAACAGUGACAACAGGUGAUUAUGUGAUCAACAGGACAAAAAGGAGAAGGAUGUGGAUGGUUUGGGGAAGAGGAGGAAGACUAGCCAGGCUGGCCAUUCUGAAGACGUGAGUAAAACUUUCAAGGGUUCAAAAUAUAAUUCAGACGUUGAACUCUGCGUUGCAGACGGAUAGAAACGGUCUCUCAGGUCAAACUCAUUCUCUGGUGUCAUACUGUCCAUGUGUUUGUAACAGGAGGAGGUUUCGAGGGGUAACCGUGAUGACAGGCCGUCCAACAGUACUGCUCUAACGGAGAGGAAUAUGAAGGAAGAGACAGCGGCUGUAGGGAACCACAACAAAGUCAAGUCCAUGGCCACCCAGCUCCUCGCCAAGUUUGAGGAGAAUGCUCCUGCAGAGUCCAAGGACCUCAAACGACAGGUAUGGAGAAACUCAUUAUGUCUAGGUGGUGUUAACAAUGGGAGAAGGAGUAGUCUUGCUUGCCCGGAUGUGGGAAGAGACUAGAGAUGGAGUAAAUGUUUUAAACAUGAGAACUGUUGGUUGGGAUUUAGCUUUCCUGGAUGAUAAUGACAUGACGACAGCUUUGUUUGCACACAGUGUUUUGUUUGUCUAGACAGAGUAAAUAUGCAGACGUUAGAUGUAGAUCUAUUUCAUCUCAUGGUGUCUAACAGGACUCCUAGUCUCGUGAUGCUGAAUGUAUAGCAACACUGUACUACUGUAUUAAUGUUUUGAACUCCAUUUAGCAGAUGCUUUUAUCCAAAGCAACAUACAGUCACGUGUGGAUAGAUUGUUUUAAGUAUAGAUGGUCCCAGGAAUCCAACCCACUAUCCUGGUGUUGCAAGAGCCAUGCUCUACCAACUGAGCUACAGAGGACCUGAUCCUAGGUCAGCACUCCUACUCUGAGAUGCUUUGUGAAUACGGGCCCGAAAUGCUAAUAUUGAUGUGGCCCGGGCCUGACGGCGUACUGUUCUGUGGUACAGUAGGUGGUCUAAUAGUGGUGACUGGCUGACUCCUCCAGGACUAGGGGGUGAAAUGGGUUUACAGACCCAGCCCACGACCUGAUCCUGGGACAGUCACCCUGAGAGCCAGUACUGCAGGCCUGGAGCAGUGGGAGGUCUAUGUGGGCUAGUGGAACACAAGCCACUAUUGUUGACAUAGAAAGACAACUCACAGGCAGCGUUCCCAAGUGGUGCCAUUCCAAAAUUCCUGCUCGGGCUGUGUGUUUUGCAGUUGUUACAUCUGAUACCAUCUUUGAUACACAAAAGACUCGGUUCAUGUAAAUUGAAUUGAUGAAACCUUAGAAGUGAAUAGCCUGCCUCAGGUCAAGUGCUGUGCUGAGUAAACAGGCUUUGUGCAGAACACUAGAAGCGUUUCUCUCUUGGUCACCGUUUUUUUCUCUUGGUCACAGAUUUGUACAAUCUGAAAUAUGAUUGGUUAAUCAAUGUUGAGUCGUCAUCUAUCCUAAUGGUAUAAUAACCAGCUACAAAUGCCCGUCAAAGAGGAUGUACAGGUUGGUUUAUAGGAGCUAAGCCCUACUUAUGUUGAGUCCCACUGGUGGUAAUAUUCAAUUUGAUUCUGCUGCUGCUGUGUUGAAUUGGGACUGUGUGUCGCACCAGAAAGGCUGAAAGUGGAGUGUGUCUGCGUGCGUGCCUGCGUCUUUCCAACCAGGAGGCUUCUCUUUUUCAUCCCUUCUUUGACCCUUCUGCUCUCUGCAUGAAAUGCUGAUAAUGUCUUUGCUACAGUGUCCAUAUUCUUUUUCUUAAGUUUAUAGUCAAUUAAAAGCCUAAAAUAGUUCCAGUUGGUACAAUAAUAACGCAUGUCAUAUUGUACAGAUGUAGGAUUUUAAUUUGCUACAGUAGGAAAAGAAUCCUGGAGCAACAGGAAAUUGAAAUUAUUAUGUGGAUUAUAAUUAAUGGACAUGUUUGCAGGGGUUGAUACAUUUUUAAUUACAGCAUGUCAAGUCUGAAAUUUAAAAGUGGAAAUUACAAACUUUAGAAGCCUUUUUAAAACUUAAAUACACUACAAGUUUGCAUUUCCUGCUUUGCAGGAAAAUUCUCAGCAACAAAACAGUGAUCAAAUUAACAUCCUACAUUUGUAGUCACAUUACAUUACACAGCAUGCUAUUCUUAUGACACACACAAUUUCCUUUGGGUUUUUGCUCCCAGUUUGUUUUCCAACCAGCAUGACUCUGUGUUCUCAUGAUUCACUUCCCUCUAUUUUUCUCUCUUCUUCCUCUCCUCCCAUCAUGGAUCAUGACCUUGACUCAUGGUUGGUUGCGCUCACUGUGUCCUGGUCUCUUUUUGGCCACUUUGACUGUCACUCAUCUUCCAGUGGUCAAAGGGGGAUUCUCUGCCCAAUCUGGAUCUCCUCGUGGCGCUGCCCCCUCCCCCUGCACCCCUGGACCCCCCCAGGGAGCCUGUCCGCCUAGCUCUGGUCCCUGCAUGGAGACAGGUAAAGAGUGGACAUCUCACCUCCCUCCCCUAGACCCUAGUCUAACCCCUGGAUGUCCCUAACCAACCGUCUCUCUGCUGUGUUUUACAGUAGUAUACAGUAUAAAGCUGCUUUGUGUCCAGAUUGUAGCUGAUUAACUCUUAUUGAUCCUAGACAUAGCAUGUCUUAUUUUCUGUGGAGUGACGAAACCAGUAGUUCCAAUUUAAAGGUCUCUCGCUCUCCUCCAAGACCUAAGGAUCAGAUAGUUGUCGGGAUGUCGUGUGUGUGUUGCCAGAAUAAGCAGCUGUGUGUGGGUGCUGUUCGUCCCAGACAGUGAGUGACGUGAUGUCAUGUUCUCUCUUGUCUCGUGUGGCGUACCCCUCUCCUUUUCCCUAUCACUAUCCCUCUCCCUCUUCCACCCCUGCAAUGUUGUCUCAGAAACAAACCCAACAGCAGGAGCAGCUCAGCUUCGGCUAUAAGGAGAAGUUCAAGUGUCAGACCCUACCCAACAGAGGGGAGCAGGUACGACUGGCCGGUCUGACGCUGUAG